AUGGCUCAAAUUGGUUGUUUUUCUUUUGGCAGUCCCAUGGAAUCUGGUAAUUACCGAAAAGGUAAUCUUCUUCCUCCAUCAUCCUCACACCAUCAUCCAUCGUUUUCCCUUCAUUACCAACAAUCUGCAGACCCUAGUUCUCCUCUUCCUGCUCCAACUAUCAUCGUUCAAGAAAAACACCUGCAACCACAGUCGAUGAGGAAAAAGCACGAUGUGGGCCCCAAUAGUCUCCGAGGAGCUGAAUGGUCACGAGGCACUCACCCAGAUAUUGUUACCUUGAACAUUGUAAUUAACUGCUACUUCCGCGCGAAACGAGUUGGUUUUGGGUUCUCUCUUUUCGGGUGCCUCUUCAAACGCGGUUAUGUGCCCAAUGUUAGUACCCUUUCCUUUCUGUUGAAUGGGCUUAUUUCUCAAGAUAAGACUGUUGAGGCCGUGGAGUUAUUUGAGAAAUUAGUCGGAAAAGGAAAAAUCAGACCCCAUAUGGGUAUGUGUGGACGUAUUUUAAAUGGCCUUUGCAAAAUGGGAAACACCGGAAUGGCUAUUAGGUUUUUUAGGACGUUGGAAAAGGAAGGUUUAAAACCUGACACCAUGGCAUAUAGCAUGAUCAUUGACCGUCUUUGCAAGGACGGGAUGGUGGAUGACGCUCUCAACUUCUUAGUUGAAAUGAAUAGCAAAGGUAUUCGUGCAGAUAUCGUCACUUAUACAUCUUUGAUUUGUGGCCUCUGCGAUUGUGGCAAGUGGAAUGUGGCUACAGAAAUUCUGAGAGAAAUGUUGGAUAAUGAUGUUUCACCGAAUGUUCGUACAUUUACUGUGUUGGUCAAUGCACUUAGCAAGCAAGGGCUGACAAAGGAAGCGGAGGCGCUAUUUGGAUAA